AUGACACAUCAAUGUUUAACAUAUCUCGCCUCCUCAGCCGCUCUCGCUGUAUCCACAUUGGCUUUUCCGACACCAGCCGCCGACGACUCUCAAGAAGAUUCGUCGUUCUAUAGAGAAGUGAGUUCCUGCUUUCCCCCAUGUGACGUGUUUUCCCCUACGCUGCGCUGUUUUUCCAUUGUCUGCUGGCCAAAAACUGAAGAUCGUCAUCAAAAGCACUCGAAAAUGUCUUCACUUCUUAUAGAAAGUCUCCUGGAGCCCGAAUCCACAUGAUCUAUCGACGAUGGACGCUGGCACCCAGACCGAUUACCGAACUACUAAUAGAGCGGGAAGCAAUAAUGAUAAUUUUGUGCUGAGCCCGUCGGACACCAGGUAUUUGGAAACUGUAAGUGAUGUAUCUUUUCACCUGAUCUUGUCUCUGCCGCAUGGUUUUUGUUCUUUUUGUGCUCUGUCGUUUAUUUUCGACGAGCAACGAAACACUUGACAGAAAACCUUUUUUUCUUGAUUUUUUAGUGGAUGGAAUGUGAAAGGCUUCUGGGGGUGAUGGUGGGUAUUUUCAGAUUGCUAAUUUGUCACAACAAGCGCUGAACAACGUCAGGAGUACGAUCAACAUUUUGAAUGGAAAUGAUGAUUCUGCAAGUCCAAGUGCGAAUCCAAAUCCGAAUCCUAAUGUCAAUUCGAAUGCGAAUCUGAAUUCAAGCCCGACAAAUUCACCAAGACAGCAGUAUGUUCAAAAUCAAAAUCAAAAUCAAUAUCCUCAAGGAACGUGGGACUAUCAGCCAUAUCAGCAGAAUCAGUGGAAUAGCGGAUCUCCGUCGCCCACGCUUCCUUCUGUUGAACAUGUAUGUCUUGGGAAAUAUGUACUUACUGGGAAAAUCAAUGAAUGUGAAUGCAAACACUUGUACCUUCCACCCGUCUACCCCUUUUUGUUCUUUUCUGCAUGGCUGUGUGAAUGGAAACGUGCCCGAUUCGAGAACGAUACUACUCUCCUUCUAGUACUUUCUUUUCAAGCUCCUUCAUCCCUUUGAUUCACCGCAUCAUCCACAUGACCCUCCACCUCUCCCGCCACCGCCGAAUCCGGUGAGUACGAGUCAUCAAACUUUUGGCAAACUCCCAACACGCAUCAUAUUUGCUUGUGCCUACCGCCAAGCCGAAACAUUUUGAAACCUCAAACUUUGUCUUUACUUCUCCCUCUCUGCCCGAUUGUUUAAUUUCUUUGUGCCCGCUGCGCGCAACGCGAUGAGACCUAGGACCGUGGGGCGCGUUGACAUUCGGCAUUAGAACUUACGAGAAUUGAACAAAUAAUCAUCAUUGGAUGGCGGGGACAAGACCUGAGGGGUAACACUGAAUCAUCGUGAGCGUUCUUCCUCCACUAUUAUCCUCCUACUCUCAUAAAAAAAAACGUUUGUGCUACCGUAACUUUUAAAGCAUGUCUCCUGAUCCGGAUUCUACGGAUAAUAACUAUAACUAUAACCCAACAUGGAAUUGGAGGGUAGGUCUCUCUUUACAUACAAAGCAGAGUACAUAGAAAAACUAUAUUUAAAAUGAUUCGUGAAGAAGAGCUGUUUGCACAAGUAUUUUUUCUUCCUCUGAUGUUCAUGACCAUGGUCACACCUUGAAAAUACCAUAGGAUCGUGACUUUGUUGACCAUUCAUACCAAAUGUUUUUACAGCCAACUACACCCCAGUACUACGAUCCUUACUACGGUGGAGACCACAAGUACCCCAAAGACGGAGGAGUCAACGCAGUGGCUCUCGGUCUUGGACUAGGAAUUCCGCUCGGAAUCAUAGCCACUGGAUUGGCGGUUUUCAUCUUUUUCUGGUGCCGAAAGCGGCGACAACAGAACCGCAAUCCGUUUCCGUUGCCGUUUCCGAAAAAAGUGAAUGAUUAUGAAACUCAACUCGACAGCCCCGCUUAUUCCUUGUAAGUUCAUUAUCUACAGAAAAACGUACGUUAAAUCACGUAGCGCUGACUCAUAGUUUACCUGGGUUACGUUACGGACGAUUGCACAGAGAAUGACCAGUUACGGUUGACUACUCGCACAUAUUCGGUCACAAAAAUGUUUCAAAAACUGGUCACAUUUUCAGGCAUGACCCGUGGAUACUGGACAGAAAUAAUUUGGAGAUCAACUACUCGAAAAAACUUGGCAGCGGAGCAUUCUGUAACGUUUUCAAAGGAAAAAUCAACGGAGAAGCACCAGUUGCUCAAAUUCACCCCGGUCAACGUACUCAGCUGCUUCGCGAUUGUACCGUAGCCGUGAAAAUGCUUCCAAGUUUUGCCGACGACGCCGCCAGAUCGGAUUUCAUGCAGGUCGGUUCAGUGACAGUGAUCUUUAUAAGUGUUUCACACCAACCUGUUCAUUUUCUAGGAAAUAAACUUUAUGAAGUCGCUCGCCUACCAUCCGCAUCUGGUUUCCAUGCUGGGAUUUGUGGCCGACCGCAAAUCGCCGUACCUUUUGGUGGAGUUCUGUGAACACGGUGAUCUCUUGCAUAUGAUUCGGAAUCGACGUUCGGAAAUCAUUGAGGUAUAGCACAUAUUUCUACCCAAUUUCUCUUCUCACAGUUGCACUUUAAGGGACCGACUGUGAACCCAGACAAUUUGAAAAUCAAAGAUCUAUUGAUGUUUUCAUGGCAGAUUAGCAAUGGAUUAGUGAGUUUUUGAAAACGUUCUAUGUCUACCAUACACCUGAACUUUAGGAGUAUCUCAACAACAUUGGCUGCAUUCAUCGUGAUAUUGCCGCCAGAAAUGUGCUGGUUGAUUCAUCAAACACCUGUAAAAUUGGAGAUUUCGGGCUGUGCCGACUCACGGAUUCGUUGCUUUAUACAGCUAGAGGCGGAAGACUCCCUCUAAAAUGGAUGGCUCCGGAAUCACUCUCUUCUUAUGAGUAUUCCUUCAAAAGUGAUGUGUAAGUACACAAGAAAAUUUAGAAAACAAAAAUAAUUGUUCAGUUGGUCCUACGGUGUUCUUCUCUGGGAGCUGUUCUCACUUGGCGAGGUUCCGUACGCGGAGGUGCAGACAACUGAACUUUUACAAACGCAUAGAUCCGGAAAGCGUUUACUUCAACCCGAAUGGUGUCCGGAUGAGAUGUAAGUUUUGAGAUCAGCCAGGGCUUGGUAAAAUCCCGGUUCAGGCUUUUGGCCCAGUUGCAAUAUUCCAAUCGGACCCAAACUUUGAAGGAUUCUUGGAAUUGGAUUGAGAUCUGUUGGGUCCAAGUUUCAGACCGAUCGGAUUAACCGGUUCGGAGAUCCAGAUCAGAUAAUCCUAUCGGUCUGAAACUUGGACCCAAAAUAUUUCAAUCCAAGUCCGAGAAACCUGCAACAUUUUGUACUUAAUCAAAUCAUUGUCCAAAGUCCGGGUUGGUCUUUUCCCCAAUCCUGCAAUUAGCCAAAGUACAAAUGACGUCUGACGAAACUGAGUUCAAAUAUGAAUCAAGUUGUGAAUUUGUGACGCAAUAAAUUCCGGUCGGAACAAUGUUUUUCCACCAAAUUACCAUAAACCAUCGGUAUCGUGACGUCAUUCGUGUUUCAGAUACGAGGUGAUGAAAUUGUGCUGGGAAAUGCUAGCCGAUGACCGUCCGACAUUCAACCAAACGUGCACAGUCUUCGCACAAAUGUUGGAAAACGCGACGGAGAAUUACGGUUAUCUGGUUCCAAGACAUUGCAACAAUCAGACACGGGAUCCGGCCGAACAAUGUGAUAAUGUGUAA